GUUAAUGUCCGCGCUGCGGACUCCUCCCCGUUUGGAGCGACCAUGCAGCUCCGCACACAACAUCAUUCAGAGCUGCUCCUCUCAGGCCGCUGGGGGAGCACACUACACGGGACGGCGAAAAAAGUCAAAGGGUUAACUUGGAUACACACGCGGCGGUGUUUUGAUUAAAAAAACCCAUCCAACUGCACACUGAAGCGACUUUGUUAUUCACGGGAAGAAUUUCCCUUGAUAUGGGAUUUGUUUCGAAAAGUACACACGAGCGUAGUUGAAGGAUAUAACUCCAGUAUGCGGCAGUUUUGAAACAAAGGGGUCUGGAGCGCCGUUGUCUCAGUGGAUUGGGGCCCUUUCUGGAUGGGAAAGAUGGAAUCGGAGGGGCAGUGGUGGAAAAGCCAGCUUGCAGCGGACAUCCAUCAGGCUUUGCGAAUUAAGGAGCUGAAGUUGCCAACGUACCAGGCCCAAUCUCCACAGAUCGGGAUGCGGCGGUACUUUGCUGACCUGCUCGCUGUUCUCAGUAACCGAUACCAGCUUUGCCCUACGGCACGUCAUCUGGCCGUCUACCUGCUCGACCUCUUUAUGGACCACUAUGAUGUAGCAGUGCGGCAGCUGUACGUCAUCGCCCUCUCCUGUCUCCUCCUGGCCAGUAAGUUCGAGGAGAAGGAGGACCGUGUGCCCAAACUGGAGCAGCUGAACACUCUGGGCUUCAUGUGCACUCUGAACCUCACCCUCAACAAGCGUGACCUCAUCAAGAUGGAGCUGCUGCUGCUGGAGACGUUCGGCUGGAACCUGUGCAUGCCCACACCUGCCCACUUCAUCGACUACUACCUCCAAUCUUUCACAGUGUCUACACUUUUGUGCAUCUUUGUUGUAGAUCAUGCCUUCCUGAGCUUCAGGCCUUCUCAGGUGGCAGCUGCCUGCAUAGCUGCGUCCAGAAUCUGCCUGCAGAUCUCCCCCAGCUGGACCACUGUCCUCCACCUGCUCACGGGCUACUCCUGGGAUCAUCUGACGCAGUGCAUCCAGCUCAUGUUACUCGCUCACGACAAUGACGUAAAAGAAGCCAACAAAUCCAAAUCGUCCCCUUCCGCCAGUCAGAGCCUCCAUCCGCAAGCUCACGUCCCCCACAGCCCCGCCACCCCCUCUCUGCAAAGGCAGCCCGCCUCCAGCUCCCAGCAGCUGCUCCUCCAGGCCAGCAGUUACCCGCAGCUCUCCCAGCACUCGCCGGCGUUAUCCCAGCUGCACAUGCUGGCCGACUGCCAGGCCCUGGGACCGGUGGGCUCUCGGGAAUAUCUGCAGCCCCACCAGGCCGGUCUGCUUUCGGCCUCAAUGCCGUCUUUCCCCAGCUUGGCAUCGGGGCUGCGAGGCUUGCCCCUCCAGGGUCCCAUCUCCAUGCAGGUGAACAUGGGGCCCGAGCGCCACUGCCUCGGUCUGACUUACGGGAGCGGCUACUUGAGUUCCCACCACACGUUCACAGCGGGCUGCUUCGACAGGUGACGCCAGGAGAGGGAGGACAAACUCAGCCUGGGGCUGCCGCCGUCCUCCGCCCUCUCUGCUGCCCCCAAGGGGCUUCGCCUCGGACGCCGACGAAGAAUUUCCAAACAGAAAACCAACAGUCGAGUGGAUCCAACUGAGGUCAUAGUAUUAACUUGAGAACUCUCGUUUUUUAGCGUUUGGGUUUUUAUGAACUGAGGAUGUCUAUUUUUUAAGAUUAUUUAGCCAAGUGGGGACCUUCUUCCAGUGUCACAAGCUUAUGAAUUGGGGAUCCUUUUUUAAGCACACAGCCUUAAGAAGAGAAAUCAAGUUGAUCCGCAUUCCAUCCCACCAGCAUUUUCAAACAAGUCCUUGAACUUUCACACUGGAUUUGCUGUGCGGUCCUUUAAUGCUGCUGCCUUUUUAUAUGCACCGAUGGCUUUACGACCACGAAUCCUGUCUCCCUUCUGGUCUUGUUUACAGUGACAUGCCACAUAUCAGGGAUGUACAGAUCUCUUUAAUACGAACAAACAACAUACCAUUGAACCAGCUGAUGUUUGUACGAAGUGGCUUCUUUUGUUCUCGUCUGUGUUUCUUGCCGAAGUCUUUAGAGAAGGUUGACAUUACGCUGAGGUUCCAGUUCCCUCAGGCAGAUGGAGGGAGAAGCCCCAGGGGACGGAGGCAUCUGUGCUCCCCUCUUUUCCAUGCUGGAGGAAACCAUGCUUUACUAGUUCCUCCUCCUCCCUCCAGGGAAAAAUAGCCAUGAUCGCCCUGCGGUUCUGCCGUGUGCUAUGAAGAUGACUUCAUUGUGCUGUACCUCUUCCCAUCAGACACUGUGGCUCGUAAAGAUUACCUCACUGUUACACUGUCAUUCACAUUUACCUCCAAGGUCAUGCUAAUAACUAGUUUAACCUAGUUAGAAAAGAUGGUUCUGCUGUUACAGCUGUAGCGUCAUACCUUUAGGUCAACAUUUUAGUCUCGUUUCUGUUAAGCAGACGGUCCAAAAUAUUUUAUUAUUAUUAUUAUUAUUAUUGUAAACUAAAGAUAAGAUUAACCAAACAUGUUACGUUUCUUUCCUUUUGUUAUUGUCCUUUUUUGUUGUUGAGAGGGUUCUUAGACUACACAAUGAAUUCCUUUAUGUUGACUGGCCUUGAGACCAAAGUGUCUGCUUUACGUCCUGCUGAAUGAGAAGCUUUUUCAACCACUUUACUGGACUUUGGAUCAAAAUCUUUCUCCUAUAGUCCUGAACUUUGAACUACCUCAGUAUAUUGCCAUUUAUGUGCUGAUUCUGCAGGGCUCGUCUUUUCGUUUUAUGUUUCUUCUUCUCGAUCGGUCAGAACAUUCAAGUGCUUUUUUACCCAGAACGCAGGAUUUGUUGUAGUUGUUGAAGUCCCGUGAUUUGUAUAGGUAGAGAACUGUGUUCACUGUAACAGACACGCACUGUUUGAUAUUUCAAGUCAUUCUCUUGUUGAAGCCUCUGUGUGUGCAAUAUGUAAUCAUUAGUUUGUUACUUUUUAGACUGUAUAUUUUAAUUUUGUACCACUACUUUUUUACAAUGUAGAAUUAGUUUUUCGUUGGUUUGGUUUGUUUUAACACGCUAUUACUGCUUACAUGCAGUGAUUUAUUUUUUCACCAAGAAAAUGUUGCACAUUGCAACCAUUGUCUCCUGAAUCUCUAGACAUUUACUAGACUAGAGAACAUUGAUUCUGCUCAUUCAGUGAUCUUAUGGGUUUAUUUAAAAGCCUGUAUUUGGGUAGGGAAGGGGAUAGCAGGUGUAAAUUGGAUAAAACCCCCGGAAAUAAAAUGGAAAAAACACAAAAGCUUGGUAAAUGUUUCGUUCAUGUGUGAAUCAUACAUUUUGAA